AUGGGUAUUUCUCAGAGUCCCGUCUAUCCCGAGAUUCUUGGGCGUCUCAAGUCUGGCCAAAAGCUACUUGACAUUGGCUGUGCACUCGGGCAAGAAAUACGUCAAUUGGUUUUGGACGGUGUAGCCUCUGAGAACCUAUACGCCGCCGAUCUACGCCGUGACUUCUAUGAAGUCGGCUACCACCUGUUCAAAGAUCGCGAGACGCUAAAAUCGGAAUUCAUUGAGGCGGACAUCUUCGACGCAAACUCCGCAUUAGUACAGAAACUCACUAGCAAAGUGGAUAUCGUCAAUGCAGGAUAUUUCUUCCACCUGUUUGACUGGGAUCGGCAAGUUGCUGCUGUUAAGCAUGUUGUUAGGCUUGUGCGCAUGCAGCCGGGCUCGUUGUUAGUCGGUCGACAGGCGGGACGUAAAGACCCCAUUGACCCUGAUGACAAAAAGAAUGCGCCUCAGCAGUACCGACAUGAUAUUGAGACGUGGAAGAGGCUUUGGAGACAGGUUGAAAAAGAGACAGGGACAAAGUGGGAGGUUGAGGCUUGGAUGGAGCCAUGGGAGGGCGCGGAUUUGGUGUUUGCGAAAUACCAUCCUAGCGUGGAGACAUGUAAGCUGCGCUUUGUGUCUAGGAGGCUGUAA